GUCGUGUGGGAAGCUCUAUGCAGCUGUAAAGCAGCAUACUUAUGAGACAGGCAGGAAUAGUUGCUAUUACGAGACACACUCCCUCCUUCCUGCGUAUCCGGAUCCCUGGUGACUGUUUUAACAGUAGUUUAUUUGAACGCAGUUUCUUGCUUUUGUUGGAAGAUGGAGAGCGGCAUCUCCUGCUUGCCCGCAUCUGACUAAACUGAAUUAUUCAUUUUCCGCGUCAGUUAGUCGCCGUUCUCAUUUUUCUGAAUAUCACAGUGUGGUGUUUUUUUCCCUCUCCUUUUCUUUUCCUUGGAGUAGAGAGGCUCAGCCUCAGAUGUCACACUGACAGCCCUGUAAAAUGCAUGAUUCGAAAAGAGACGCUUAGCAAGCAAUUUCAGAUUUUUGGAGGUGAGUAAACCCGCGCAGGAUUGUUUAGGUUUAUCGGGUCUGCUGCCUCGUUUUUUCUGCCUGAACGGCUCAGUCCAACUUCAGCGAGCCAUAUACAUAGGCUAAGCAUCUCUAUGGACUGGGUGUUCCAGCAGCACCAUUCGUUUCAUUUUCCUCUAUCGUGAACUGGAGAGAAGUUGUUUUGCAGUCACUUCAGCUGCUCGCCUUUUGUCCCUGCUUUCUUAAUAACGCUGAGGUGGGCACCGUGUCUUUAGCUCAUUCCGAACUGAAAUGCUUCAUGGAGAUACAACAACAUUGGGAACCCUACGAGAGAAAUAUAUUUUUUAACAAGUGGAGCCUGUCAAGAAGAGACGCAUAGGCAGAAAUCUGAGCGAUAGCCUACCUACGUCUGAAUGGGAGCACCGCGUCUCAAUGCACUGCCAAUGUCCGUUUCUCAAGAAACCACAUUUGCAAACGCUUACGGUUACUAAAUGGUUUUCUGGGGGAUUUAUAAAAGGCAAAAUGCUGCUUCUAGUUCUGUUGGCCUUUUUCGUAUCGAGUACGUUUUCUGACUUGGAUUCUGACCUCUCAGCGGAGACCUGCAGCGCAUGUUCAUGCAUGUCCAUCGAGAACGUCCUAUAUGUGAACUGUGAGAAAAUAACUGUGUACAGACCUACCCAGCUGCUGCCCCCGGUCUCUAGCCUCUAUCAUUUGAAUUUCCAAAAUAACCUAUUGAUCGUCCUUUACCCCAAUUCCUUUCUCAAUUUCACACACGCAGUCUCUCUUCAACUGGGAAACAACAAACUACAGAACAUCGAGGGAGGGGCCUUUUAUGGCCUUAGUUCAUUGAAACAGCUGCAUUUAAAUAACAAUGAAUUGAAGGUGCUCAGAGCUGACACUUUCUAUGGGAUCGAAAACUUGGAAUACCUCCAGGCUGACUACAAUUUGAUCAAGUAUAUUGAAAAAGGAUCCUUCAACAAGUUGCAUAGGUUGAAAGUUCUCAUUCUGAAUGACAAUCUAGUCCAGAUCCUUCCUGAUAACAUUUUUCGCUUUGCCUCCCUUACACAUUUGGAUAUAAGAGGAAACAGGAUCCAGAAGCUACCAUAUCUGGGAGUUUUGGAACACAUUGGACGUAUAGUGGAAUUGCAGCUCGAUGACAACCCAUGGAAUUGCACAUGUGAUUUGUUACCCUUGAAAGCUUGGUUGGAGAACAUGCCCUAUAACAUUUUUAUUGGGGAGGCUAUAUGUGAAACCCCUAGUGACCUGUAUGGACGACUGUUGAAAGAAACAAACAAACAGGAACUGUGUCCCAUGGGAACAGGUAGUGACUUUGAUGUAAGGAUGCCCCCUUCACAGCCAGAAAAUGGCCGAACAACAUCCGACAAGGCCCCCACUACGAUACCGCCCAUAGCCACCAAAGCUCCCAAAACAACAAACCCAUCAAAGAUUUAUGGUAACGGGAUUGUUGGUUUACCCGGUUUGAAUAAAAAUAUUCCAAUUAUGUCCUAUCAAACAAGAACCCCACCUCUCUCCUGCCCACAGCCUUGCACCUGCAAAGCUCACCCAUCAGACUUUGGCAUCAGUGUGAGUUGCCAAGAGAGAAGUAUAAACAAUCUAGCAGAUAUCAUUCCCAAGCCACCAAAUGCCAAGAAGCUCCACCUGAGUGGAAAUUAUAUCAGAGAUAUCAGCCCAGUUGAUUUCCAAGGCUUUGAGGGUUUAGAUUUAUUACAUUUGGGCAGCAAUCAAAUAGUCACAGUUCAAAAAGGGGUCUUUGCCAAUCUGACCAACCUGCGUAGGCUUUAUCUCAAUGGGAACCAACUAGAGCAGCUGCAUCCUGAGAUGUUCCUUGGGCUCAGUAACCUCCAAUACUUGUAUCUAGAAUACAAUGCCAUACAAGAGGUGUUAGCAGGGACAUUUGACUCCAUGCCAAAUCUGCAGUUGUUGUAUCUGAACAAUAAUGUGCUAAGGAGCCUCCCUGCCUAUAUCUUUGCUGGCGUUUCCCUGGCUAGGCUAAAUCUUAAGAACAACCAUUUCAUGACUCUGCCUGUGAGUGGUGUCCUAGACCAGCUGAGGUCUCUCACUCAAAUUGAUCUGGAAGGCAAUCCCUGGGAAUGCUCCUGUGAUUUAGUGGCUCUGAAACUGUGGCUGGAGAAGCUGAAUGACGGAGUGGCUGCGAAAGAGGUCAAAUGUGCAUCCCCAGUUCAGUUUUCCAAUAUAGAGCUACGGCUGCUGAAAAAUGAGAUCCUGUGCCCCAAACUUAUAGCUAGGCCCCCUUUCAUCCUGACCAGUACUACUCCGGUGGUGACCUCCAUGUCCCCAGCAGGGGUGGGCAAGGCCCCUCCAGGUGGUCCAGUUCCCCUAUCCAUCAUGAUCCUCAGUGUCCUGGUGGUGCUCAUCAUCACAGUGUUUGUUGCUUUCUGCCUCUUGGUGUUCGUGCUGAGGCGCAAUAAGAAGCCAGCCGGACGCCAGGAGGGCAUGGGGAACCAGGAGUGUGGCUCCAUGCAACUCACGCUCAGGAGACACAACAAAUCGAACAAGAAAGAUGAUCUGGGAGGGGAGACGUUCAUCCCCCACACUAUCCAGCAUAUGAACAAGAGUCACACCUGUGGGAUUAGAGACUCUGAGUCAGGCUUUAAGUUUGCUGACUCCCAGAGACAGAAAAUAAUCCUGCUCAACAGCGCUGACCAAGACAAGGACUCACUGUCCUCCCUGGAUCCACGCAAUAAGAGACUGAGCACCAUUGACGAGCUGGAUGAGUUCCUGCCAAGAGAAUCCAACAUGUUUAUUCAAAACUUUUUAGACAGUAAAAGGGGGGAUUUCAGCAGUAUAGGGGGGAGUGGGUUUCAGAUCCGUUACCCAGAGAAACCACAGGACAAAAAGAUGAAGAAGUCACUAAUAGGGGGAAACCAUAGUAAGAUAGUAGUGGAACAAAGGAAAAGUGAGUACUAUGAACUUAAAACUAAACUUCAAGGUACACCUGACUACCUUCAGGUUCUGGAAGAACAGACUCAAAUGAGUCAAAUGUAGGCUGUCUACCCCCCCCCCCCCCCCCCCCCCCCCCCCCUCCAAUGACAAAAGUGCCUUUUGGAAAAGCUUAAUGACCAAUGGAUAAACUGGACAGGAGGCUCCAGUCAGAUAACAUGAUUUCCUGAGAAUCAGUGGCUCUGUUGCAAAUACAGACUUUCCUCCUGAUGUGGUGAUGCCAUUAUAACAUGUAUUAAUAUCACAUUAUACCACAAGACAUCCUUAAGAGACAAUUGUAGUAUUUUGCUGCUAUUGAAAUUGGUACUUAUCAGAUUUUUUUUCAACCAAAUCAUGGGUCAUGAAAACAAUGUUGACUGUACCUCAUCAUAGCUAGUGAUCCUUCUGCAGUGUUUUUGUGGCAAUAUGGGAUCAGUAUUUUCAAUGAAUGAACUAUCAUAUGGUGACUUUACAGUUCUCCUGGGAAUAUAACGUGGUUGGGAUCCCCCACUUGCAGACUCUUACCAUCUGCCUGGAUUAUAACUGGUCACUGCUGGUCACUGCUGGGGAACCUGACGCCUUGGUUUCACUAAGAAAAGGCACGUAUGAACCGAACAGCAGAUUUGGAAUGAUUCCAUGACUUGUUUGUGUAAAGAGCCAUGUUAAUAGUGUUUGAAUUAAAUGUGGUUCCUCUGGAUAUGUUUGGGUAUGGCACAUGUCGGGACAUUUUUUUUAAGCCCAAGAAAAACAGCUGCUUGCCAUGUAAGCAUACCUGGAUUUAUUUUGUAAGUCUACAUUAUUUGUAUCUGUGGGACAGUUUGUAAAUUACAACAGAAGACAAAACAACUAUACCUAUAAAAGACAAAACAUGUAGAAAAAAAGCAACAUUAAACAAACUGAAUAUU